AUGCUCCUGUGGAUCACUGUGUUCUUUCUCCUGCAGCAUCCCCACUUAGUGUGUAAUUUUGAAAAUGAACGCUGCCUGGUUGGAAGGAGCACCAGUGUGUACAAGGAUGGAGACGUGGUGAUCGGGGGACUUUUCUCCCUUUUUAUUUACAUCUACUACACAGGUAUCUUUCACCUAAAGCCUCUAAAGGACUCCUUCAUCAUAGCGCAUAUGCCCAACAGCUACCAGAAUGUUCUAGCUUUCCUAUUUGCUAUAGAAGAGAUCAACAAGGAUCCUCACCUUUUACCCAACGUAUCUCUGGGAUAUGAGGUUCACAAUUUCCUUUACAGUCACUGGAGGAUGCUGGAGAGUUCCCUCAUUUUGCUCACAGGAAAGGAUGAGAUCCCUAAUUACUCCUGCAGGAGAGGGAGAAAGGCUGUGGCAGUGCUAACAGGGACCACAUGGGCAACUGCUACGCACGUUGGAAGCCUGCUGGAGCUCUACAAGUUUCCACAGGUUACAUUUGGUUCUUUUGAUCCUAUGCUAAGAGACGAUGGACAGUUUCCUUCUGUCUAUCAGGUAGCCCCGAAGGACACAUCGCUGGCCUUUGCUAUGGUCUCCUUGAUGCUUCAUUUCAGCUGGACCUGGGUGGGGCUGGUCAUUAUGGACGGUCAGAAGGGUCAUCAGUUUCUCCUAGAUGUCACAGGGGAGAUGGAGAGGAACCAAAUCUGUGCAGCAUUUGUAAAAAUGGUCUCAACUCCCCUUGUAUCAUAUAUGGCACUUACAAAGCAACAUAUUAUCCUGACCAAGGAAAUGUCACAAGUAAAUGUGAUAGUCAUUUAUUAUGACACUGAUUUUCUAAAUGAUGUAAAUUAUAAUCUAGAGAAUUACUUACUCACAGGCAAAGUUUGGGUCACAAACUCACAAUGGCAUGCUGAUAUGACAGGCAAAAGUUUCAUAUUUAAUUCAUUCCAUGGGGCGCUCAUUUUUUCAAACCGCCAUGAAAAAAUUUCUGGUUUCUCAACUUUCGUCGAAGCAGUCAACCCUGUCAAAUACCCAGAAGACUUUUACCUCACCGUGUUUUGGUUCCAGAAUUUCCACUGCUCUUUCUCUGAUUCUGAUUGUUCGCUGAAGGACUGUACCCCUAAUGCCUCUCUGGCAUGGCUGCCUGUGAACCGUUUUGACACAGCCAUGACCGAUUGGAGUCACAAUACACACAAUGCUGUGUAUGCUGUGGCCCAUGCCCUCCACCAGAUGCUUCUUGAAGAAGCACAAAUGCCAUCAUCGAUGGGAAACAAAGAAGGGAUGACGUUUUCCCCCUGGCAGCUCCACCGAAUUUUGAAGAACAUCCAAUUUUCCAAUCCUGCUGGAGAUCAAGUGCAUUUGGACGACAGAAAGAAACUGGAUGUAGACUAUGACAUUCUCAACUUUUGGAAUUUUCCAGAGGGUCUUAAACUUAAGGUCAAACUUGGGACAUUUACCCAACACGUUUCACACGGCCCAAAAUUGUCUUUAUGUGAUGAUAUGAUCGAGUGGGCCACAGGAACUGCAGAGGCUCUGCACUCUGUAUGCAGUGAGAGUUGCCAUCCUGGAUUUAGGAAAAGCUCUCAGGAGGGAAAGCCUGCUUGUUGUUUUGAUUGCACCCUGUGCCCGGACAAUGAGAUCUCCAAUGACACUGAUAUGGAGCAGUGUGUGAAGUGUCCUGAUGACCAGUAUGCAACAAUACAGCAAAACCACUGCCUCCAAAAGCCUGUGACUUUCCUGGGUUAUGAAGACCUCAUGGGGAAGAUCUUGGCUGGCACUGCUCUAAGUCUCAAUGUUCUCACAGCUGCUGUACUUGGGCUCUUUGUGAAGCACCGAGACACUCCCAUAGUCAAGGCCAACAACAGGGCUCUCAGCUAUACUCUGCUCAUCUCCCUCACCUGCUGUUUCCUCUGCUCCUUGCUCUUCAUUGGCCGUCCCAACACAGUCACCUGCAUCCUGCAGCAGACCACAUUUGGAGUUGUGUUCACUGUGGCUGUUUCCACUGUCUUGGCCAAAACCAUUACUGUGGUGCUGGCCUUCAAGGUCACUGCUCCAGGAAGAAGAAUAAGGAAAGUGUUGAUAUCAGGGUCCCCUAACUUCAUCAUCCCCAUCUGCUCCCUGAUCCAACUCACUCUCUGUGCAGUCUGGAUGGGGACAAAUCCACCCUACAUUGACACAGACCCACACACAGAACACGGCCACAUCAUCAUCAUGUGCAACAAGGGCUCCCUCACUGCCUUCUACUGUGUCCUGGGAUACCUGGGCUCCCUGGCCCUGGUGAGCUUCACUGUGGCUUUCCUGGCCAGGAACCUGCCUGACACCUUCAAUGAAGCCAAGUUCCUGACGUUCAGCAUGCUGGUGUUCUGCAGUGUGUGGGUCACCUUCCUGCCUGUGUACCACAGCAGCAAGGGGAAGGCCAUGGUGGCCAUGGAGGUCUUCUCCAUCUUGGCCUCCAGUGCAGGACUCCUGGGAUGCAUCUUUGUCCCCAAGUGCUACAUUAUUUUGUUAAGACCAGAGAGAAAUUCUCUGACUGGAAUCAGGGACAAAAUACAUCCUGGAAAAAGAAAAAAUAUUAAUUCAUAA